AUGUUAAAAGUGCAACACAUUCACACUUUGUUGAGGUGUACAAUCCUGCUGAUGUUGACAAAUUUCCCACGUGAGAUUUAUGGCAGUCAGGCCACGCGUCUUCGCAAUUUGCAAGGCACUCCAUUUCUACCUCUUUGGAAUUCCGGGCAUUACAAUAAUAUUAACAGAAUCGUACCAACAUCCACGGGGUCUCCAAGACGAGUACGUGCACCGAUAUUACAACAAGAUAAUUAUUCAUUUAACAAUCGACAAAGUCGGUUCCUAUCGUUAUUUACAUUCGUCCAGUUUAGCAACCAGGAGUGCAUGGGCGCGACAGGCGAUAAUGGUACUUGUUUGACUGCGCAGCAAUGUCAACAAAGAGGUGGAUCAUCCAGUGGACCUUGUGCUGGUGGCUACGGAAUGUGCUGCGUGUUUCUCGCCACAUGUGGAAUGACGGUUCGUGAGAAUGGUACUUACUUCGUGCACAGUGGUUAUCCAACUAUCUACGAUGGAACCGGCUCUUGUCAGAUCACGCUGAUGAAGAUGAACCUCAACGUCUGUCAGUACAGACUGGAUUUCGAUCAGUUUCAAAUAAUGGGCCCGGAAAUACAAAAUAAUAUUUGCAACAACGACCAAUUUAUCGUCUCCGGAAGUAGCCCCGUGCCGCCCAUUUGCGGAUUGAACUCCGGCAACCACAUGUAUAUCGAUGCUGGAUCAGGUGCCUCAAAUCCAAUUACGCUGUCAGUUAUAACGAGCGGCCCGUCAUAUCGACGCAGCUGGAAAAUACGUGUCACACAGAUUCCAUGCAACUCGCCAGUUAAAGCCGAAGACGGGUGCCUGCAGUAUUUCACAGGAGUUGCAGGCCAGAUAAUGUCCUUUAAUUACGAACCGACAAGCGGGUUGCACUUGUCCAAUCAGGACUACAGUAUCUGCGUUCGCACCGAGAAGAAUUUCUGCGGCGUACAGUACACGCAAUGCCCAGACACAGUUAAUAAUCGUUCGGUAUCGUUCACAUUGAGCGGAAACACUGCAAAUAACAACGCCGUGCCUGCAAUGGUAGGCAGUACGGGAACUGGUAACUUCUGUCAGAACGAUUACCUUAUUAUUCCAAUGGUAAUGAAUGUGGGCCGGCCAGUAACCGGGGCGUCUGCCACCGUCGAUCGGGUAUGCGGUGGGACGCUAGCUGCAGACGUCACGCUCCAGUCAACGCCUGUCCGAAGUAAUGUGAAGCCGUUCCGAUUGUACUUCCACACGGACGCACGUGAAACCCCACAGGAUCAGGGCAAUCGUGGGUUCUGCCUCAACUACGUCCAACAACCAUGUACAAACACUUUGGCAUAAAGUCAUUUGCUAAAUAUGAAAGCUAGUUUAGACGUUGUUAAUCAGUUUUAUUUUGUGGAUUUAUUUAAGAGAAAUGGUGUUUUAAUUGUUUUUGACGUUGUAAUUUUGUAUAUUGUUAUACUUUGUACUUCAAUAAAAAGAAUAAUUUUAGACGAA